AACAGUGGCUUUCGAUGACGCAGAUUCAUGUGGUACUAGGCUAGUUUUUAAUGUUUUAUAUGUUCACUUUGGAUUUUGGGCGCAUAUUAGUUUUGUGUUUCGAAAUUGUAUCGAUGCAUUCAUAUUAUUUCAAUCAGCUUGAUUAUAUUAGCUGCUACUCGUUUGUCUUAGUUUGGUGUUCCCCCUGAAUCGAAGUGUGCAAACAAAUGAAAAUCUAUAAUAAACGAUUUCAGGUUCAUUAAUUUUUAUGUUUAGCAAAAGCGUAAAUUUUCAGACACCUAUUUGCCGUUUGUAUACGUACAAUACAACAAUAGCACAAAACCAUUAAAAACGACUACACUAAUCCAUCUACACUUUCUGUACUCCCAUAGAAGGGUGGAAAAUAAAUUGUUUUUACUGUUAAAAUGUGGAACAGUCCUGUAGUAAAGGAAGCUGAAGCAACAGGGAUAGGGGAGAAACAAGGGGAAAUAGUCAGUCAAGUUACUAUGUCACAAGACUGGUAUGAUCUUAAUUAAACAUCAAAUUGAAGCUGCAGUGGGAAAAAUAGAAACAACAGAAAUUUCAUGGACAUUUGUUCGUGGCUUGUUCACCCUGAGAUAGACAGACAGUGCUGAGAUUUGGCACCCCCUCCUGCAGGCCAACUUUGGAUAUCUCCGCUUCAAAAAUAAAUGCGCUCCAGCUAUGGCAUGAAAGGCAAGAUGUUUGGACUAUACAUUUAAUUUUAGGUUGUCACAAUUUUCGACAGAAACUGGAAAGAUCUAUUUUUGGCUGUAUAACUCUUUGGCUGCGCACUAAAGCUCGCUAGGGAUGAAAUAAGAUUAAGCUUUGAUUCAUUUAUUUUUUGUACUUAUGAAAGCAAUACUUCAUAAUAAAGUAUGCUAAAAACAUGUAUUCUCUAUCGAGCCUCGUUGCGAUUUGGCGGGGGAAAUCAAUUCAACAACAACAACGCUGCCGUGACUGGCCUAAAGAUGGUAGUAGAACUGAUAAUCGGAAUAAGCCUUGUGUCGAGUAGCGGUUGCUGAAAGAAGCUGAACAUGGGGUCGAAAUAUAAAGGAAAUGAGAUUAACGUUCAAGGUACUAAUGAUAGCAGCAUUGUGAGCAAGUGCUCUAUGGCACAUGUUGGCUACUUCAAAGAUGUCUUUUUAGAGCAUUUUGUUCAGAAAAAAGCAAGGAGGUCUCCCCUGAUUAAUAGGGGCUACUAUGUCAGAGCAAGGGCUAUGGACUCUGCAAUAAAUUUAUUUCUUCAGCAUUAUAAAGAAAAGAAAAAGCAGAUCAUUUCACUUGGAGCUGGCUUUGAUUCAUGUUAUUUCCGUCUCAAAGAUAAAGCUUGUCUUAGUAACACCAGAUAUUUAGAGCUAGAUUUUCCUGAAGUUGUCCAGCGCAAGAUCAAACUUAUCAAAUCAAGAAAAGCAUUGUCAUCUCUAGUAGAUGGAAUAACAGCUAACCAAAACGAAUUCAUCUCUGAUGAUUACUCAAUCGUUGGCUGUGAUUUAACGAACCUAGAUCGGUUGCAAGAAGUAAUUAGAAAAGCUAACUUCAAUCCAGAAGACUUCACACUGCUAUUUUCUGAAGUCGUUUUGACUUACGUUGAGAAAAAGGGUUGUUCACGUUUGAUUGAAUGGGCAGCCAGGACAUUUCAAAAUUCAGUGUUUAUCUUAUAUGAGCAGAUACAACCUGAUGAUGCUUUUGGUGCUGUUAUGCUCAAACAUUUUGAAACGCUUCAGUCGCCUCUAAGAUGUAUACGUGAAUACCCAACUCUGGAUUCGCAAAUUCAGCGCUUCAAGACGUUGGGAUGGCAACGCUGUAACGCCAUGGACAUGAAUGAAUUUUAUCACAAUAUCGUUUCACAAGAAGAAAGGAAUCACGUGGAAGAUAUUGAGUCGUUUGAUGAAUUUGAGGAAUGGCACUUGAAAUGCGCUCACUAUGUCCUCGUCGCGGCAUUCACAGGAUCGUGUUGCCAGUUGGAAGAACGUAUGUUUGCAGCUGUAGAGAAAAAUAGAACCAAUUGUCCAAAAGCAGAAUCAAUUAUAUCGUGGAAAUCAACCAAUGAAAGCAUGGAGUGCUUUAAAAGGUUUGGCCAUGAGCUCAUCAGACUUGAAAGCGACAUUCUUUUUCUAAACGGGGGUUUUGGCUGCUCAAGUGGCAAGCAUCAAAGGCUUGGGGAUGGUGUUGUUUUAAAGCUAAAUCAAGAUAAAACUGCAAAUGGUUUUUACAGUUUUCCGGUUCUUCCAAGCAACCGAGUAUUCCACACUACAACGCUACUGAGUGACGGAUCGAUAUUCCUGUUUGGAGGAAGAGAAUCUCCUUUAAAGCCGUGCACUGAUUAUGGGAUAUUUCGAUUGGAUAUUAAAGUUGAUUGUGGUAAUACUGCAGAAGUAGUUGCUGCUUCAUACUCAGAAUUCAUAUGGAAAGGAGCAAUAAGGAAAGCUGCAGUAAGCAACGAUGCAGUCACCAGGGUUUCAAAUGACACAAAAGACGAUCCUAAGAGAUAUGAAGCAACUGACGUGGUGGAACAGCCUUGCUGUAGAUGGCGACAUUGUGCUGUGGCUGUUUGCAUAGCAGGUGAAGAGUAUGUGUUGAUACUUGGAGGAAGGAAUGAAAUGAAGGAUACAUUGUCUGAUUGCUGGCUUUUUCACACAAAGAAACAUAAAUGGAGAAAGGUUUGCUUGCAAAGUGAUAAUGGUAUUGUGAAAGCCCGGCAUUCACAUUCAAUAUGCAAAUGGGGAUCUGGAAAACUCAUUGUGAGUGGUGGCCUUGACAAGGAUUCGCAGCCAAUGAAUCAGCUUGAAAUUAUUCAUUUGCAAGGAGUGGACGAGAUGUUUCUUGAAACAGUUCAGUUUGAAAACUCCCUACCACCAAGAUACUCUCACACUUCACACGUGGUUGGCGACGAAUUAUGGCUAGUUGGCGGUGUUGCAUUCGAAAUUAUACCUCAGUUUUUGGUUAUAAAUCCUCAAAAGCGAUACUGGAAAGAAUAUCAGUGGCAGGAGAAAAACAGCACAAACUCUACGCUAAUGCUUCACAAUCAUGCCUCGGUUCUUUGUCGCGAUGAAAUUCUUGUUAUUGGCGGUGGAGGCAACUGCUUCUCCUUUGGAACACAUUUUAAUAAAGGUAUUAUUUCUAUUAAAGUGCCAGAAACUUUUUUAAUGAAUAGUGAUAAUGUGUAAAGAAUCUUAUGUAACUAUGGAUGGUUUUAUCUUAAAUGAAAAAUAAACAGAGCUCAUUAUAUUCAAUCUGAAACAUCCUAAUUAAAAACAAUUCCUGGUAAAGGUCAGGUUUAUAAACCUCGGAAAAGCCAUGGGUUAGCCAAGACAUUUUUGAAAACACGGUAUGGAGGUUUGUCUUUUGUUUUCAAAACCAUUUUCUUCUGCUAAGAAGCAAACAUCACUCGGGUGUUCUCUGAAGUUUUUAAAACUCAGAGUGGCGUUACAUUGUGCAACCGUACCCCUGGCUUAACCCUAUCCCCUCUCUCUUAGCACCGCUCUUCGUACUUGCUGUCUCUCUUCAGUUUUCUCCUUUCUUUUUCCCUCGAAAAUUUGAAAAUUCUGAAUGCUGGCAUUAUAAAACCAAGCGUCAUCACCAUACAAUCAAAGGUAACUGGUAGAAAAAAACUUAAAGUGAUUUUAUCAGCCCUCUGAAUUUCCCGUGAGUUGCAAGUCUGUUCAAACUCUGUCCCAAGUGUUUAUCUACUGAAAUAAAACUCUUCUACUUGAAACAAAACUCUUCUGAUUUGACUCUUUUACUACAAAACCGCUUCACAAUAGAUUACGAGCUAUCCAAGUGAUAUUUUUCCCUUUCAAUCGGUUAUUUUAUUCAUAGACACGCUCGUAUCAUUUACAGUAUUUAGACAUAGUCCGGAUAUCUCCUUCGACGUAGUGAUUCAUAGGAGAAGACACUCCUAUGAAGGAUAAAGAGGCCUUUAAGGAUGAUCAUAUUUGCGAAGCCUAUAUAGAGCGAAGCAUUGAAGGAGCAAAGCAUAUAUAUUCUUAAUCCAGGAGUUUUAUAAUCCCAUGUCAGCGCACAUAUUCAGUAAUUUACCGCUGAAAUAAGGAGCAGCAAUGUCAGAUGAGAGAUUAUCAACUUGGGUAUGUGCAAACACAUCAAGAUAUUUAACAGUCGUGAAUGUUUAAACUUUGGUCUAUUUGUUAGCAUUAUACUUCGGUUAUUAACCCUCUUUAAAACGCAUUGCUUAGGAAGAAGAGAAACAAAAUUUAAGACCGAAUCGUCCGACCAAUGUAGCUUACUACAUAAACCGAAUCUGUAAAACCAAACAUUUUUUCUUUAAAUAUCGUAGAAGAACGGAUCUUGGACUAUAAUCUUGCGUAACAACUUAGCAUUUGCAUAAAGUAAGCUAGAAAAUUAUUUUUGAAAAUAUAUGGAAAAACAGGCAAAUAAUUUUAAGGAAAAAGGAGUAAGAGAAAAAUAUAUUGUUGAAUACCAUUCUGAAAAAAUCAUUUGAAAAAUGUUUGUAAAAUCUGUGUAAAAAACCAAUUGCGCCUCGCUCGUCUUAAUUUGCAAUAUUUUCAUUCAAUGUGGCGAAUACCAACUUUAUAUUGGAUUUGGAUAUUUCAAUCAAAGUGUUUUCUUUUAAAAAUGACCCUGUAAUUACGAAAAACUAGCUAUCAUACGAUGUUUCUUUUUCUUGUCCAGCUGUCUUUUGAUUCAAAUUGUACUUAACAAGACUUUCUUAAAGAGUAAACGCAUUAUCUGUUAUAAUUACAUAGCAAAUAUUGCAAAAAGUCUGAAGAUUAAGUUGAUCAGCGGGCUAAGUCUACAGUCUGCAAGGCAAGUGUUUAACUAAGGAGAUAUGACUGUUUGCGGUUAUCAAUGUUGAGAAUUUAAUUAUUAAUAUUUCACUUCAAGUCACACCCACAGCCUAAAACAAUCAAAGAGAUCAGCUUUUGACUUCUUUAAACGAUCUGGUGUGUUUCACUCAUGUCAUUUUUACAAAAAUGAAAUUUUGUAAAAGUUGAACGAAAAAAAUCGCUUUUUGUAUUACAAGAAUGAUUUUGUUCCUUUUAAGUAAAAUCUUAAAAUACCUGUCAAAUUAUGAUAUGAAAUAAUUAUUCGUUGUUUCUGUUUUCGGCUGUAUAAAUAAUCCUUAACAUAAUGUUUAUUGCAGAAACUUAUCAAAUUGUUAUCAAAUGAACUAAUCCUCUACUUAGAUACAUUAGAACAUCAGUCGGUGACAAACUCGGUUCUACCUUAUACUUCGCUUUGGAUGAUAAUUUAGGGAAUCACCGAUCCCUUGUGCAGACCAUAGAAUUCUUCAUCGCCUCCACUUCACAUCGAGGUUCGUUGUACAUUGCAAAUCGCUAGAUGACGUAACCAGCCACUUUUCAGAGUGAGGCUGUGUCAUAGGUUAAUAUGCAACUACAUAGUCAGGAUAAGAUUUAUUUGAGCUUUUUAAAACAUUUAAAAUUAGGUUUACUUCAAGGAGGGUUUUGUAGCACAACCCAUAGAAAUGUGUUCUUCUUGGCUAACGUUGUAUGGAAUUCAACGUUAAUUUGAUGUAAUUUUUACGUAAACGCUGUUUUCUGACGCUUCCCAAGGCGUUGCCACGGAGAUUGUUUCAAGGAGCCUGUCUGCUUGUCCAUCUUCUUAUUUGGACAGUGGCACAUUAGAAGGCUGUUCAUAUAAGAUAAAAACAUUGAAGAUUCAAAAGCAUUUUUUGUGUCAAAUAUCAUAUUUAGUAUUAACGUGGGAUUUUAUGCACCUUUAGUUCAUUUUCCCAAAAAAUUUAUUGAUAGAUGUAAAGUUUAUUGUUGAAUAAAGUAAUAAAGAGUUUUGACCAGUUGAGCAGUGAAUACUCGAAAGAGAUUCCUCGUGAACAAAACAGGUUGGUCAAUAUAUGUGAAAUAGAGGAACUAGGGAAAUGAAAAAGCAUACUACCCUGUACGGUUCGACUUUUGAAACAGGACUAUAUCAACAUAAAAUUCCACUAAAAGAAAAUAUAUUCUGUCUUUUUUCUCGAUUUUUCAUAAGGUUACAAUAUGAAAUAUUUAAGGCCUACGAGUUGCUCGCAAAUACCAUGCUUUUUUGCCCGUUUUUUGUCCUAAUGGCAUAAAAUGCUAAUGCUAGGUGCAUAGAUACAACUGCUUAGCUCUGUUGUCUGGCUCUAUGAGUAUGCUUUCAUAAACGGUUAUUCUGUGAUAAGCCCUUAUAAGAAUAACUUCACCCCCCCCCCCUUUUUUAUGCAACGUUACAAGUUAAUUUCUGUCAACACAUAUUUGACGAUAAUGUCAUUGAAUCCACAACUUCUGGAUUUCUCCAAAGUGGAGUUUUUCAAGUUGCUACGAAUCCCAUGUUUGAACGCUCGAAUUCGAGUAUUUACAGUAAAACCUUGUUAUACUGGUUUCCACGCUUGAUGGCGCAUGCCCUGAUGAAAAUUUUCAUAGAGCAACUGUUAAACUAAUGCGAAAGAGAACACGUAUGAAUGACACGCUACUUGUGGACACGAAAACGUUUGAAUCCAUAAAGUAAAGCCGUGGACGUGUAGACGCAUAAGUGUGAAUCUCGUAACUUCUUCGACGGCCUAAGAGAGGUUUCCUCGCCACAAAGUAAGAAAGAUGUACUGAACUGUAGUUGUUUAAGUACCACUCUCUGAAUGACACAACGCAGGUUUUAUUUUAACGUGCAUUGAUAACCGAUUGGUGCAAUGAUAAAUCGUAAUUUUGCAGUGAGAAACUCAAACUUUGUGCAGAGAUGAAACUAAAUUAAAAAGAUCUGGUGUUGAAAAAGUAAUAUUGCAGCAACUGCCAUUACCAAUAGACACACAAAGUUUAUAUAAGAGUAUUACAAUAUUAGAAACAAGAACAUACAGUAACAAUGAUCGCUCUAAUCUUUUAAGUUAAGUUACGUAAAUCUCUCUAAAAUUUUAUUGAAUUCAGCAUGUAGAACUAUCUAGUUUUUUUGGCUUUUCAUCUUGAGAUUUUUAUUCUCGAAAGCAUGUUUAAACCUAGACCACUUUUUCUCGUGAAAACUCUUGUACAGCUUAAGUAAGAGCUAGUGUAAUUCAAUAAUAUCACAUACAGUUAGUUCGAUAGGUGUGGUCAUGAAGAUUUUCAAAACGAAAACCCAAAUUUUCAAAAAUUGUGCAGUGGCCUAACGGACUAAAAUUACUUUUAGUUCAAAAACCAAGGACCCUCAACAAUUGAGGUCCCCCACCAAACAAUUUUUCUAUAUUAAUUUCUUUGAAGCUGGUAUUCUGGAUUUGGUAAACGAGUGCAAGGGCUCCCAAGCAUGUACGAUUAGUCAGUCCAAAUGAAUGGAAAAAUCUGUUGAUUAGCAUUUGAUGCUUUGUCUAUACUGUUUUACUAAUGCCAAUAACGGGGGGCCCCGGACGGAAAAACCCUAUAGGGUACCGACUUGCCCUUGAACAAAACUGCGUUUUUGUACCUUAAUAGUUAGCAUAAAUUCUAUAACUAUAACAAGGAGUUGUUUCACAUGAAUAUUUGCUCAGUGAGGAUUUCACUCAACAAAAUAAACGCCUGUUGACAUGGGAACAGAGAUCUCUGUUAAUUCUAAUAAAUAACAUGAGCCUCCCAAACCCCACGUCACAACAUCACUGUUUUGGGUUGGCUUAGCCCAAGUAAAUGACAGCAAAUGUACCUUCCCUAUAUUUGUACAAGUACCAUGGAAAUAUUUUAUCCCCAUCGUUUUCCUAUACCGCCUUUAUAUAUAGGACAUUAAGCGAGGGAGAUCAAACUCAGGAUUACUUUUUGUCAAUCCAAUGACUCCAGUUUUAAAACCACUUUAUGCAUCUAUUUUAAAAAGAACCUGAUCAAGGCCAAAAUUAGCAAGAAUUUGUUUGUUAAAGUUUACAGUAUACAAUACCCUUGAAGAUUUUUAGGUCAAUUUUACGAUGACCGUUUAUCCAUUUGACAAAGGGCAACAGUUGAUGAAAAGGUUGAUAUGUAUCACAAGAUAUUCUGAGCUAUAAACCUUGCAAGCUCCCUGGGACAAAUGACAUUUGAUGCCACAUUAAAGGCAUUUCUCUUGAAUAGAAGCCGAAAUUUGAAUGAAACUGCAACACCAAAGAAGGUUCUCACUUAAUGUAUCUCAGUCUUGCAAUAGAUGAACUUUUAGGAGUAUUGCAGUGUUUUAUCAAGUUAUGUGUUCAAAAGUGAAAAAUCCUAAAAGCAAAUUUUUAGAUAUCAUACUUCAAAGAAACAUUGCUGAGCAAACACCGCGGGGCAUAUAACAGAUUAAGGGGGCUUUGAACCUUUUUUGGGAGGGAUGGGGUUAAACAUGCCAUAAACCAAGAACAGGACGAUUUUUGUAUGGUUUUAAGUACAUUUGAAAGUUAUUCGGGGGGCUAUAGCCCCCUACUUCUGCGGUCCAUGCUGCUGAGUGAAUUUCAUAUUUGUAUCAAGCAAUGUUGAUUCGAAAUACGCAAGGUGAAAUUUAUAGUUUAUGAUGAAGCAAAUAUAGAUUUAUUUCCCGUCUUAAAUGAAGAUUUUAUAUCGAGUCUCAGGUAAGUGGUCAACGAGCCUGCAAUAGCAAAAUAAAAUUUUGAGCAUUUUCGUCUUUCUUACGAAGGCUAUAUUUAAAGACAUUGAAAACAAGGCAGUUUUGAUAAGAAUCGUGUGAAAUUAGAAGUUUAGAUCAUAUUUGUUAUAG